UCUAGUCUUGAUUAAAAGCAGGGUCAUUGUGAGGUCAUCCUCCAGGCCUCCAAUUGUCUCGCUUCACCAUUGCUUCAAUUCUCUCUAACACUUGUUUAAAAUCAAAGCCUUCUUUUCUGCUUCCCUCUCACAGUCUCUCUCCAGCUCCUCUCUGCUUCAAAGCACAGAGAUUCUGUUCUAAGCCCCACAACACGACCAUGAAGAACCCAAGCACUAACAACACGAAGCUCAUCCUGCUCCACCCUUACAUCCAAAAACAAGGAAGCUCCAAUCGCCUGUGGCUUCUGGCUUUCAUAUCCCUCCUCACGGUCGCCUUCCUCCUCACCCUCAUUUACACUCGAGAGUCGAUCUCUCCCGCCCCUGCAACGCCCUCCAUCAUCACCGCCUCUGUUUCUGGGAUCAACAACGCCGCCCCCUUGCCGCCCACCGUCAUCAACACGCUCCUCCAUUUCGCCUCCAAAUCCAACGACACCUACCACAUGCCCUACUCCGACCUCAAGCCCAUCUCCGACAUCCUUCGAAAAUGCUCCUCGCCUUGUAAUCUCCUCGUCUUCGGUCUCACCCCCGAGACUCUGUUAUGGAAAGCCCUGAAUCACAAUGGCAGGACCGUGUUCAUCGACGAGAACCGUUACUACGCUGCGUACAUUGAAGAGAAGCAUCCGGAAAUCGAUGCGUAUGACGUGCAGUACACGACAAAGAGGCGGGACAUGAAGGAGCUCAUAGCUUCGGCGAAAGAGCAGGUGAGGAACGAGUGUAGGCCGGUGCAGAAUCUGCUGUUUUCCGAAUGUAAGCUGGGAAUCAAUGACCUUCCGAAUCACGUUUACGACGUGGAAUGGGAUGUGAUAUUGGUGGACGGGCCACGGGGGAACUGGCCGGACGCGCCGGGAAGGAUGUCGGCGAUAUUCACCGCCGGCGUGCUGGCAAGAAGCAAGAAGGGAGGCAACCCCAAGACGCACGUGUUCGUGCACGAUUUUCGGGAAGUGGAGAAGUUUUGCGGGAGGGAGUUUCUGUGCCAGGAAAAUCUGGUGGAGGCUACCGGCAAUUUGGGCCAUUACGUUUUGGAAAGGAUGGAUGAGAAUAGCUUCCAGUAUUGCAAGCAUCAGACAUCGUCGUCGUCCUAGUCGUGAUCCAUCACCUUCUUUUUCAGCUUUCUUUCUUGGUUGGUUACGUUCAAGUCCACAUUACCGUCACGAAUACCGCUAAACAAACAUAGUCAUCACAAACGCCUCUGUCUCGUUAUUUAUGAUCCUUCUCAUUUUGCUCCAUGUUCUUGGCUAGCGCUGUAAAAAGACUUCCUUUUCUUCCAUUUCAUUCUGUGCCCCUGUAUGGACACUGUAAUUUAUUUUAUUUUCCCAUGAAUCCUAAUUAACUUCACCAAAUUCCAAAA